AUGGGCGAGGAGCAGAGCACGGUGAGCGGCGGCGGCGGGCCCCUGGAGGCGCGGACCCCCGCUGGCGGCGCCGCGGGCCCCCCGGAGCCCCCGAGGCCGCCGGGGCACAGCGCCGGGGCGCCCGGGCCGCGCGCCGCCCCCUCCGAGCCGAGCGGCGGCGGCUGCGGAAGCGACUCCGGCUGCGCGGACGCCGGAGCCCCGGAACCCGCGGGGAGCCGGGGGGCCCCGAGCUGGAGCAAGAGCCGGGCACCCGGGCAGCCCGCGGGACUGGCCCUCCCCGGGCCCCUCAACGCCCAGGCUUUGCAAAAGCAGCUGGCCGAGGAGGAGGAGGAAACGGGGGAGCGAAAAGAGAGCGGGGAUGAACAGCAGGAGGCGCCCCCCGGCGAGGAGCUUGAGCCCCCGACCCGCGUCCGCGUCGGGGCCCCGGACGGACUGGUCUUGGACGUGCUGGGCCCGCGGCGCCCGCCCCCGGCCAAGAGACAAGUGUUCUGCUCCGUGUUCUGCGUGGAGAACGACCUGCCCGAGGUGCCCUCGGCGGAGCGGCUGUCGCUGCCCGCGUCGCCACCUCGGGCUCCGCCGGUGACCAACCCUCCCGGCACCCCCUCCUCCUUCCCCAGCCCCCAGCUGUCGCUCCCAGCGGACCCCUUGUCCCCCGACGGCGGCAGCAUCGAGCUGGAGUUCUACCUGGCGCCCGAGCCGUUCUCCGUGCCCAGCCUGCUGGGAGCCCCACCCUACUCCGACCUGGGUGGGGUCGGGGAUCCCUAUGCGCCCCUCAUGGUGCUCAUGUGCCGGGUGUGCCUGGAAGACAAGCCCAUCAAGCCCCUGCCCUGCUGCAAGAAGGCCGUGUGCGAGGAGUGCCUCAAAGUCUACCUGAGCUCCCAGGUGCAGCUUGGCCAAGUGGAAAUCAAAUGCCCUAUCACUGAGUGCUUUGAAUUUUUGGAAGAAACAAUGGUUGUCUAUAACCUGACACAUGAAGACUCCAUCAAAUACAAGUACUUCUUGGAACUUGGCCGUAUUGAUGCCAGCACCAAGCCAUGUCCGCAGUGCAAGCACUUUACAACCUUCAAGAAAAAAGGACAUAUUCCCACCCCUUCCAGAUCAGAAAGCAAAUACAAAAUCCAGUGCCCCACUUGCCAAUUCGUCUGGUGUUUUAAGUGCCACUCUCCUUGGCAUGAAGGUGUUAACUGCAAGGAGUACAAGAAAGGAGACAAACUGCUGCGCCACUGGGCCAGCGAGAUUGAGCGCGGGCAGAGGAAUGCCCAGAAGUGUCCAAAGUGCAAGAUCCACAUCCAGAGAACUGAAGGGUGUGACCAUAUGACCUGUUCACAGUGUAACACUAAUUUUUGUUAUCGAUGUGGGGAGAGAUACCGCCAGCUCCGUUUCUUUGGAGACCACACCUCAAACCUCAGUAUAUUUGGAUGCAAAUAUCGCUACCUCCCAGAGAGACCUCACCUAAGGAGAUUAGUGCGAGGGUCAGUCUGUGCUGGAAAAUUGUUCGUUGCACCUCUUAUUCUGGUCUUGGGAUUAGCACUAGGGGCCAUAGCAGUUGUCAUCGGUUUAUUUGUAUUUCCUAUCUAUUGCCUUUGUAAAAAACAGAGAAAACGAUCAAGGACAGGAAUGCACUGGUAAAUGCAGAUGAUGUCGCCUGACAGCGCUGGUCUGGGUAAGAACCGCAUAGGAUGAUACCCGCGUCAGAGGGCUGCACCUUGGAACCGUCUAGAGGAACCUUCUGCCUCCUCUUCCCCCGUGUUCUCUGCAGGCCACAAUGCCUCUAGCUCCAGUGCGUUCCCAACAUGGUAUCCUGUCUUUUCCGUAUACAGAUUGCUGCUUUUACGAAACGGUCACUUUCAUAGACUAUAAACAUCUAUAUCAUAACUCUUCAUGGUUCUUGGAAGACAGUACUUCAGUUAGAACCAGUUAUCCUCAGAACUGUCUGAGCAUGUGUCUCCCGAGCAUUGCUUAGACUCUCUGUCCCUGACUGUCCCUCCAGGCCUUCUUCUGAGACUUGGGGUGAAUAACUCAAGUGCCCCCUGCACCAACGAGCAAGGCCACCUUUCAGAAGAUGGAGGCUCACCACAUGCACCUGUUUUCAUCCAUGGCCCAAGCGUAUAAUUCCUUCCUCCUUCAGAUGCUCUAAUUGUUCAAAAAUCUCAAUGCCCAAAAAGGAACUAAUGAAACUAAAUGAGAAGAAUCAUAGUUACCGAAGUGUAUACGUGUAGGGGUGUGAAUGUGUGUGUAUAUACAUAUCUAUAUUAAAACUAGGUCCAAUACCUUGUUCUUGUCGAGUUCCAUGCCUCUACACUAUUUUUCCAUAUUUUUGUAGACAUAUUUAAAGAUGAUCGUUCCUUUGUGGGCAUAAUUUGGUAACAUACUGAAUUAAAGUCAAUGUAGACAACAGGCUAUUUUGAUGUUGAACCUUUCUAUUUCUUGCUGUUUCUCUGUGUGUCUCAGAUGCACACACGGAAAUUUGUGCAUUGUCACCUCAAGGAUUAUCAAACUUUAUAAACUGACAAAACUGAUAGGUUGCUUCUAGGAAAUUCUCGAGACCUAAACAUUCAGUCUUCUUAGCAGAUUUCUUACAUGUUGGCAUACUUGCUUCACUCUAUAGUUAAUUUAAAUGAGUUUGCUGUAGAGAGAACUGCUGAGGCCUUUGAACAUAUCCCCAUUCUGCUAAUUGUUUAACCAACGUGAUGAUAGUAAUUAUGCUUUAGAUUAAGCAUAUGGUAUUAUUUAAAACCCCACCCUCUCACCUCUCCUUUCUCUCUCUAUUUGUCCCCAGGUUUUCAUAAAAACAAAUACUGUUUUUGAAGGAUUUUUCUUAUAUUUAGUGCUUCAAUGCAUAAUAAUGUGUUGGUAUCUUCUUAUGGAGGGGUGACUUGAAACAAAACUUUUUAUGUUCGCAGGUUUAUCUAAAACAUAAACUGCUUUUAGAGGAGGAAGCAAAAAAUGAAAAAAAAAUUUUUUUUUCAGGAUGUUUUACCAAACUGAGAAGUCUUUAAAAGUAAGAAAAGGACAAAUAACUGAAUUGUGUUUUAUUUUGUUUUCAUUAUGAGUAUUCAUCAUUAAAGACCCCUAAGAAGCCUAGUUUCCACUUGUCUCCAAAUACUUAACAUUAGUUAUUGGCAUUGAUGUAGCAUUUACUUGUCAGCUUCCUUUUCUUAAUUGAAAUAGAUUAUGUGAUAAAACAUGCAUUAACAUGGAUAGUUUGUCUUGUUGGGCUUCAGAGUAUAACAUUUAUCAUUUUUAUUUGAUCUAAAAAGUACAUGAUUGUGAAGUUUAUGUGCACAGAUAACAAGCCAGCACUUCCAUUCUCUCUGAGUAACACUCAGAAAAACUUUACUGCUGGACUAGUCUAUUUCCAGUUAGAGGAGGCUGUGUCCAUUUAUGGUCCUAGAAUAGCAUAUUUCAAAAGCAUAACAUGAUAUAAGAAGUCAUGCUGUAGCUUCACAAAUUCAUCCAUGCCUCUACACUGUUUUUUCAUUCAUGCAACUAUCUACCAAUCCAACAACUAUUUAUUGAGUGCCUAGUAUACAUCCUUUAGUAUGAAAACUGAGAGAAUGGAAAGUUCUAGCCCUAAAUCCACAUAAUUUUGUCAGAAAAGUGCUUAAUUUUUGUAAAUUAGUCUUUCCCUUCCUGGACUUAGGUGUUAGUUUAAUGAUGUGUGCAUGUGAUGAAUUCUAAAUCUAGUGGAUGUGUCUAUGUAUGAUAUGUGUAUGUAUAUAUAUUUAGAUAUAUACAUAGCUGCAUAUGAAUACAUAUAUACCAACUAGCUAAAUAAUAUACUCUCUGGUCCUGGGUAAUCUAUUUCCUUAGGUUAUUGUAUCUGUGUGUCUGUUGUCUUUGGCCUACUCAGGGAUUUUUUAUUCCUUUCUUUGAAUAACUUAUCUUUUGGAGAUAUUUUUAUAUUAUUUGGAAAUGUUCCAGUUUUCCACUUACAGAGCAGUGUCUGUUAUCAGUGAAGGCUCUCUCAUCAACACUUGUGAUAGUGUGCACAGCAUUGCACAGGAUUUUCAUUUUUAUAUUUUGUAGACUUUUUAAAAUUAAUGUGUGCAUUUUUCACUUUCAGAGUUGCUAUAUAUCAGGCCUUUCCCUGCUAGUGACUUACAGUAGGUAUUUGUGAAUUUUUUUGCUAAGUGUCAUUAAGAUCUUAAAAAGGAAGGAGAAAGAUAAAUGAGAUUAUUUAUAUGUUAGUGCCAACAUUGAGGGUAAAACAACCUUACCUUUUGGAGGAAAUUUUAAAAAUGACUUUAGAAAAAGAAGUAUGUGUAUAAGAUGAAUAUCUUUUUAUCCAAGGCUUAUCAUUUUAAUAUGUUUUCAUUAUAAAUGUAAUAUAUGCUCCUUUAAAAAAAUCAGCUAUAAGGAAUUAUAAAAUACAAAUUCCUCUGCUUUUCCCCACCCCUUAUUUCCUAGGGGUAACCACUGUUAAUGGUUUGGUUUAGGUCUUUCCAGAUACUAUCUAAAAAUAUACAAAUAAGUAAAUAUGUAUGUGUGUGUGUAUCUGUGUAUGUAUUAGUUUUGUACAAAUAGAAUAAUACUCACUGUCCUGUGACUAUUUUUCAUUUUACUAUGUGUUGGUAGACAUAUUUCCAUAAGUGUUUAAAUAGAGUUACCUCAUUCUUUUGUAAAUUACUACAUAUUCCAUUGAGGGGCAUACAUUAAUUUAAUCAUCCCCCUAUUAAGUGGACAUCAAGAUUGUUUUCACUUCUCUGUUACAAAACAUUGGUGAAGACCCUUUACAUAUAUUUUUGUCACUGUGUGAACAUUUUCAUAAGUUUUUAAAUUUGGUUUUUAUAUUUGUAAUAAAAUUUUAAUGCACUUUCAAUGAAUGCAGAUCAUAGAGAUAAUAUAUUUAAGACCCUUUUCUUGGAGAAAAAGUUGUGUAAAAGUGCACCAUUUUUAAAGAAAAGCAUAUUUUGCAGGAUAAUUUGUCCUCAUGCUUGAUUAGCCCAAUAAAUAUCUUGCCAACACAAAAGAACAUUCACCUUAUUCCAAUAAAAAUAAAAUACAAUGAGAUGUCUAUAAUAUAAUGAGAGAAAGAUACAUUGAUGUUUGGAUUGCCUAGUUUCAAAACUUGAGGAAUUUAAGUGAAAUGGCUAAAGUGAUCAUGUUUGUCACAUUUUUAAAAACACUAUCCAUGUUCAUGCAUGUUGUUCCACAGAGGAGCUUAAUUAUGCCAUUGUGAAAAGUAGGAAGCAAUAUGUUGGUAAUUAUGAAUGACCACAUUAUCCACAGAAAAAUAAUUUUGAGUGUACAUAAAGUUGAUGGUUUGUUGGGGUGCUUAUAAACAGAACAGCAUGACAUUUAUUUUACAACGAUUCCCAGCAUUUCCUGAAGACUUCUGUAUGUGGAGUCAAGAAGAAAAGAGGAAUCAAACCUUUUGGCACAAACAGCAUUCUCUUGCCACCACCCUGAUUUUCUGAUAGGUGCUAUUGUUUCCUAAAGGUAGAGCAGACUGGAAAACAAUCAAAGAUAAUUAAACACUGGUCAGGUUACAACCUGAUAUCUUUAAUUGUGCUGUCCUUUCUGUGAUAUCAGAUUCAUUAGUGCCUAUCAGGAAAUUCCCUGUCUUGUGUCACCCAUCAUCUCUUGAGUCCCAAGGCCACAGGUGAGUCUUUAUCUUUUGAUCCUAUCACCCAAAUAGAUGGCCCAAGGCUCCCCUACAAGACUUUCAAACAGUUUUCCAGCCCUGAAACAACCCAACCUCAUUUUCUCCACUUCUCUGAGACUCUAACCAGCUCCUCUACAGUAGAAAAGAGGAGGAAAGGAGUGGGUUAAAAACUCACUUAGGAACCUGCAAAGCAGUUUCAUUCCUCCUGGACUUUUGUCAAAUUACAGUACAUCUGCCAACACAUUGAUCUAGUUUCUCCCUUAUUAAACAAUGCAGUUGUUUUUAACACUACAAUUUUAUAAGCUCUAUUGAAUUCAUGAUUAUAAAGGUUAGUGGCCUAGGUAAUAUUAAUUGGUAUACUUCAUUAAAGUACCAAGAUAAAAAUUCAUACCAAAUGCCAUUUUAUAUUUGAAUUUUUUAUGCAAGCUGCACAUAUGCCUUAAUGUCAGUCUUCCCAUUGGAUUGUGUGCUUAACCUUUCAUAUUUGUGGCCGAGAUCUGUCUCAACUCUUGAAAGUAAUCUUUCCUGUGGUCAGCUUUAUUGUUUUGUGUUAAUGCCGAUUAUAAAUAUAGCCUUAAGGUCCAAUAAUGCACUUUAAAAUACUUGUGUCAUUUUAAGUAAUCUGACAGAGUUGAAGAAACUGAUCACAAUGUUUUGGUGGAGAUAGUAGAAUAACAGUGUUAGCAGAUAGAUGUCACUUCUUUAAAUCUGGCAGGCAAGCAGGGAGAAGGGUCGAAUCAGAAGCGGAAAAUUUAAAACAAGUAAAACAUACCUGAAAAAGAUUCAGCCAAGUUUCCAAAACAUAUAGUAAUUCUAAAAAUUGGUAUUAGGAGCUUGAAUUUAGCAAGCAAUUAAUACAUGUUACCUAAUAACUUCAUUGGUAUAUUUGUUUAAAAUAUUAACUUAGUUUCCACUGCAAGUUUUAGCUGCAUUUUUUAUUUUUCAUGAAAUCUAUAAAAGAUAUUCCACCAACUAGUACCAUAGUAAAUAAAAACUACCGUUAAUAGCCGGUGUAAGCAUAUUUUGUUGUUCAAAUCAUUGUAUUUUAAUUAUGACAUCUUCCUCUGGAAAAUAAGUUGCAAAUCCCAUUUUAAUAUGAAUAUCCAUAAUUAUUGUUUUAAUAAUUAUGAAAUAAUUAUACAUUUGGUCUGAAUGAAAUCAGAGUCCAAAUUUGGGGAGUAUUCAAGAUUGUGAAAUGCUGCCUUUCCAAUGCAAACCUUUAAAAGAGAAAGAUACUUCUUUGUAAAUCAUAGAGGGGCUUCGCUGGUGGCUCAGAUGGUGAAGAAUCCACCUGCAAUGCAGGAGACCUGGGUUCGAUCCCUGGGCUGGGAAGAUCCCCCGAAGGAGGGCAUGGUUACCCACUCCAGUAUUCUUGCUUGGAGAAUCUCCAUGGACAGAGGAGCCUGUAGGCUACAGUCCCUGGGGGUCACAAAGAGUCGGACAUGACUAAGGGACUAGGCACUGCACAGAGGGUGAAACUAUACUCAUUUCACAGCCAACUGUCGUGUGGGGCUUGUACUGUCCAUCGCUGUUCUGGGGCUGGAACUUUAGUCAUUUAACCAAAAUCCAAGAAGCAGAGUCUCAGUAGUGUGAGACUUGCAGUCGUCUCUUUGGAUCAUUAGCUGAAGCCUUCAAAUAUCACAUACUUUACAUUUCCUCAUUAAAAAAAAAAAAGUAUUAGUCACUCAGUCAUGUCUGACCCCUUGCAACCCUAUGGACUAUAUAGCCCCAUACACAGUGCCAAUUUUAGCAGCAUGUAACUUUCCAUGUUAGAAACUAUGUUCUUUUUUGGCUAAAGAAGUGACUGUUUUAAGACUAUCAAUAUGGCCUUAAAAGGCAAUGAAUUUAAAAAAAGACAUAAAAGCUUGCUACUACCUUUUUUGGCCACUUCCUAUUAGUUUACAAAAGAAAUUUCAUUAGGUGUAUUUAACUCUGCUUUGCUUAGAUUAUACAACCUUAUUAGCAUAGAAAAUAUUUUUUUGUUUUUUCAGGGCUAUCCCACAUUUUUGUCUCUCUGAUCCAUCAUACUACUUUUUCCCCUGCUUGUAAAGUGAUACUCACAUACUUGAACAUCAAGUUUCUGUUUUCUUUCUAGAUUUCCUAGUUAUCUUGCUUUUUCCCUCUGUAGUCCCCUUACUGUCUUGACCGAAUGUGGGAUAAAUUCUGUCUGACCAUUAGCUUUUUUGACUCUAAUGAAAUCAAACUGAAAGGACCCCACAAUUUGGCCUUGGUAGUAAAUAUAAUAUAUACCUUGGCCUCUUUUUUCUGUAAGUUGAAACAUGCCAGGACAGCUUGGAACACUGUCCCUCUUCUUGAUACGAGUUGGAACACCCUGCCCUGCCCUCUUGUUGUUACUCAGCCCUUAAGUCCUGUUGAAUUCUUUGUGACCCCAUGGACGGCAGCAUGCCAGGCCCAGCCCUCUGAUAAGAAGUAAAAUGAAGUAAAAUGAAUGAGAUGUCAGUUGAAUCAGAGAGCCUAGAAAUACUCUAAAAUGUAGCUUUCAAAAUUGCUUCAGGACUAUUGUAAGGUCAAUAUUGUGUUUGCAUCUUGGGUGGACAGAAAGCACGUGUGGACAUUCAUUCAGUGUGACCCCCAAGUCAUUCUUGAUUCCUCCACAAUGGCCAGAUGUGUGCCUGGGGGGUCUUUGUUUCAACAAAAAUCCCACAGCUUGGUCUUAAGGCUGGAUUUGUAAUGUUGUUGCAUUUGUAUGUAAGACUUGACCAUGGAUCCUUACUCUGUGAACAUUUUAUUAGACUUUUUGAUAAUCUACAGUGGAUAGCAUUGAAUAUAACUCAUAUCAGCCCUUUUCUAGAGAAACCAUGCAAAGUUUGCAAAUGUUCAGCAUUUUCAUUGAUAUGAUAACCCAUACUCAAGGUAUAUUUAGUAUAGGUUUAUUAUAUAAUAUGGAAGAACUUAAGGGAGAGUCAAACUUGGGUGUUAAAUGCCCCCCAAAUUGCUGAGAUAACGUUACUUCAGAUUUUUCCUUGUAGCUGGCCCACUACUUUGGUUAUCAGUUCCCUGUAAAGUUAGGUGUUCACCUCAUGCUCCCACUGGAGAAAUAGUGUGAAUAAGUCAGUCAAGUUCUUAAAAAUAAUACUUUUCACUAUAUAUUAUUUCUUCUGUGUCCAAAUAUACCUUUAUUCUUUCAAGUAAACACUAAAUAUAUGAUAGAGGUAUCUGAAAUUUUCAGUUUAUACAAAAUUAGCAUGCUUUGUGUUCCUUUAUAAAGAAAAUUCUAGGUAAAGUGUGAUUUUUAUCAGCUGAUUACAAACCCUUUCCUUAAGACAUAUUAUUUUAAAUUCUAUAUGACAAGAGCUUAAUUUUGUUAUUUGAUCAUAUUCAUCAUAAUUAAAGUCUUUAGAUGGUCUUGAAAAAAGUAAACCUACCUUGUAUUUUGUAUGAAACUUAGAACACUAAUUGGUAUAUUGGCAUAUAUAUAUAUACCUUAACAAGGACAAUCUGUUACAGGUUUUGAAUGUAAAAAUUAAUUGGCAAUCUUGUUUAUUAUGAAAGAAAUUAUUAGCUUAAUAAGUAAUAAGUUCUGAGAUAUCAUAAAAAUAAUUUUGUGUGGAGAGAACACAAAAACAGUGGCAUAAAAAUGUUGUUAGGUUAACACAUUAUUUAUUAAGAAGCCACGACAGUUAGUUGUUUUGUUUCUAUUGCAAACAAAAUUAUUAGAUGUCUUCGUGAAACAAAUUUAUUUAUAUGUAUAUGUUGCAAAAUUGUGGGCCUAUUCUCUUUUUCAAAAAGAAUUUAAAAUACUAAAAAGAAAACAUUUGAGUCUUUAACCUGCCAUUAUUGUAUAUUUAGAAAUUGCAGUUCUAAGGAAUACAUUUUACUUCCUUUGAAUUACCAGAAUAUAGUCCAUUUAAAUGACCUUCUCACAAACAAUAGCAAAUGAGAAGAAUGUCUUAAUUUUAAGAUGGGUGACUCACUUGUAGGUCGCACCAGAUCUUGUCCAUAGCCUCCUUACAUGCUUUUCUUUCUCUGUAACAUUAAUAAUGCCAUACUCCUUUUCAUAGUAACAUAUGAGCCUGGUUGAAAAGAGAUUUUCUUUGCUUUUUCAAUGACCUUGGCAAAUAUUUAUGUAAUUUUACUUUUUAUCCCUUUCUACAUUUCAUUGGUCAUUUCAUAUUAACUUUGGUAUUCAUAAAACUAUGUGGAGGAAGUCAUUUUGAAUAUAUUUUAAGAAUGAGGCAUAUAGAAAUAAAAUAGAAAAUAUUAAUACUCUUUUGUAGAAAUUGCUAAAAGAAAAUUGGAAAGGAAACAAAUUCUGUUGUGAUGAAAAUGUUGAAAAAUUGGGAGUGUUUAAGACUUUGAUUUCUUACAUUUUCAGAGUGAUCGGCUUCUUAUCUCCAAGUGGUUAUUUCAUGCUGUUGGUCCCAUGAAUUGUGCUUUUAGCAUAAUAUAUAAUUCCUCCCCCCACUAUUCUAGUGUUUAUACAUUAAUUACUUUUAAGAAAAGAAGAAAUUAGUGAAUUAAGGUUGGGGAAACUGGGUUUAUUACCAUUUUCCAAUAGCACUAAUGUAUAGUCCCUUUAACCUUCCAUAUGGUGCUUUGUGUGAUGAGAGUAUGAAACAUUUAUCUAUGUUAUUAGUGCCUUAUUUUUUCACUUGACUUUGUUUCUUAUCUGAAGAGCCAUAUAUUUUUGUGAGUGUUUCUUUGUCCUUCUAUUUAAAGUGCUGAUGAGACACUUUAGGAAUAUAUAUAUGUAGGCUGCAUUCGCCACCUUCAUUCACUGUAUUUUCUCCAGAACAGCAGGUUAGCCAAUAUAUUUUUCUUAGAUUCAUCAUCAUUGUUAAGCUAAAGUAUUUUAAAAAAGGAUCUUAAACACCAUAAACUGAAGCCAUUACAACUGAAAUGUGUUUUUAAGCCACCAAAAAGAAUACUGAUUAUUAAAGUUUAAAACAAGAAUUGGAAUGGCUAUAAGUCUUUAUAGCUCCAAUUAGGACAAAAUUACUUUACAAAGUAUUAAAAAUAAAAGUAAUUAUGUGGUACUUCAGGAAUUUGACCAGUUCACUACCACUUGUCUUUGAUAAUAUUUUGUCUGUAAUUCCACAGAGAUGCCGAAGAAUGAUGGUGUUUGCUAUUUAAAUGGAGUUACUCAUUCACAGUGGGCUUUAUCAACAGUGAGACAUUUGGACAAUAUAUUAUCCUGCUCUUCUUGGUCUUUGCCUUUUGUGUUAGUUUUAUACAAAAAGCUGGUGUUGUUGUAUUCUUUAUGUACCAUAGUAUAUAAUUCAGCUUUUCCUGAUGAAUGUAUAAUGAAUAAUGAAAAUAAAUCAUGUGUUUAGAAAAGACAAAGUCACAGGUUGUAUAUGCAAAUAUGUGUAAAUAUUUGACAAAGAAAAAAGAGGAGAAGAAUCUUCCUGCCAACAGAUACGUCCUGCUGGAUGGGACAUGGAAAUUAACAGAUUUUUUUUUUUUCUUUAAGCAGUGAAAUUUAAAAAUCUAUUACCUCAAGAAUUUUCAGUGGAUAUGUAUCAAUGUAAUGAUCCUUCUUCAUAAAUACAUUCUCACUUGCUGCUGGCAGUAAAAGCAACCCACAUGUCAGAUCACACAAAUUUUAGGGUCAAGCCUUUCAAAAGAUGGACACCUUCUAAGACUUUGGAGUCCACAAUUUUGAGCUUUUACUAAUGUCCCUAUGGCUCUGUAUUGUGGUUGGGCUUCUACAUUUAUCUUUUGUUGUUUUUGGUUGAUUGUUUUAGAAUGGAAGGGUAAUCUUAAUCAUGAGACCAGAUCUCAUGGAGGGGUGUAACAACAUUCACUCUACUUGGAUGCAGACUAUAAAGGGAACCAGCUGCUUUGUCACUGUAUGAACUGUUGUGUGGAUUCCUGUGGAGUGCUGUUUACUUGCAUGAUGUGUGCAGGACAUCAUGCACCGUCAUCUAGCAAUGCUUAAUAAAAGUUUUUAAAAGAGAA